GUCACAGCGCUACCAACCUGCAACAAGAAGUCGAUCCAUCCACAACUUCACAUCCAGCCCACUUUUGCAAAUUGCAAGGACACGGCGCGAGGUGACCGCUGCACACUGACAAAGAGAGUCUUGCAUCACGCCAAAGUGCUCUCCAAUGUCCUCUCCGAGCGCAGCACGCGUCCCUCACAAGCGGAAGACCAAGAAGAAGCACUUCGUGCAGCAGAAAGUGGAAGUGUUCCGAGCAGGGGAGCCCGUGUCCAGCGUGCUCAUGUGGGGGGUCAACCACUCGAUCAACGACCUGAGCCAGGUGCCCGUGCCGGUUAUGCUCCUUCCGGAUGACUUCCGAGCCAACAGCAAAGUCAAAGUCAACCACCACCUCUUCAACAAAGAGAAUCUGCCAGGUCAGUUUAAAUUCAAAGAGUACUGUCCGCAAGUCUUCAGGAACCUGCGUGAGCGCUUUGGCAUUGAGGACCAGGAUUUCCAGGUGUCUCUGGCGCGCAGUCCGCCCCUCAAAGACCAGGAGGGAAGAUGCGAAGGCCUGCUGUUGACCUCAUAUGACCGCACUUUGGCGGUCAAAGAAAUCUCAAGCGGGGAGGUGGCCGAGAUGCACAACUUCCUUUUGGAGUAUCACCAGUAUGUUGUCACCUCUCACGGCUCGACGCUGCUCCCGCAGUUCCUGGCUAUGUACAGAGUCACGGUUGAGAGUGAAGAUACCUACCUGUUGGUCAUGAGGAACAUGUUCAGCCACAGAUUGCAUGUACACAAGAAGUACGACCUCAAGGGCUCCCUGGUGUCUCGAGUAGCAACUUUGAAAGAGAAGGUCAAGGAGCUUCCCACCUAUAAAGACAUGGAUUUUAUGAACAACAUGCAAAAGAUUUACGUGUGUGAUGAAGUGAAGGAGAGUGUCAUGGGCAAGCUUAACAGAGAUAUUGAGUUCCUGGUGCGUAUGAAGAUCAUGGACUACAGCCUCUUGCUGGGUAUCCAUGAUGUGGAGAAGGCUGAGCGGGAGGAGGAGGAGUUCGAGUCGUCCGAUGGUGAAGAAGAGCAAGAUGAAAGCAGCCAAUCUGCGCUUCCAUGCUCCACCUCACCUGAAGGCAUCGCUGGCUACAUGAACUCCUUCAAGCCCAUGGGCCCGGGGGAGUUCGACCCAUACGUGGACGUGUACGCUAUCGAGAGCGCUGUAGGCGCACCGCGGAGGGAAGUGUAUUUCAUGGGUCUGAUUGAUGUGCUGACGCAGUACGACACCAAGAAGAAAGCGGCUCACGCGGCCAAGGCUGUCAAACACGGGGCGGGAGCAGAAAUCUCCACAGUUCAUCCGGAGCAGUAUGCGAAGCGUUUCAAGGAGUUCAUCGCAAAGAUAUUUGCCUAGGAGAACCAAGAUUCAUCAUUUCACACAUAUUGAAGUGAGUGCGGAGCCUUAAAAAAAAAAAAAAGACUUAAAUUAGAUUUUCCUAAAUGAACUAAUUUUAAAAAAAA